GAUAAUUGAUAUUGUGUGUGUUCAGGUCAAUCAGGUGCGGUGCGGCAGUCCCCCUAAGCGAGAGCAGAAAUGGAAAUAACAGCCCACUCCCUUUCCCAUUUCUCUGCAUCUCCUCGCUUGUUUCGUUCCAAAGCCUCCGCCUCUUCUCUUGUUGCUUCUACUACUGCACUACCAUUUCAGUGCUCCAACAACAUUCUUACACGACAGCCCCAAGUCCAAGCCGUCAGGAUCAAACCGAAGCAGCAACGAACCGUAGGCGUUGGCCCCAUAUGUGCCUCUAACACACAAACUCCUCCUACAGAUGUUUCCGAAAGAUGGCUUCUGGAGCCUGUGGGUGAUGGAGAUACAAGGCAUAUUGGUUUCAAGGUUCAAAUGCCGAAUGCAUUUGAAAUUGCUUCUAAUGUGAUGACUGUUGGCCGCCUUCCUGAGAAAGCUGAUUUAGUGAUUCCAGUUGCAACAGUAUCUGGUUUGCAUGCUCGCAUUCGAAAGAAAGAUGGGAACCUCUUGGUAACAGAUUUGGACAGCACCAAUGGGACAUUCAUUGAUGACCAACGGCUGAGACCCGGAGUUGUUGCCACCUUAUCACCUGGAUCUUGUGUUACAUUUGGAGAUGAACAUUUGGCUGUGUUUCGCGUCUCAAAGUUCAAUAAUGUAGAAGCUGCAAGCAAUCCAGGUCCCUCUGAAGAUAAAGUAGAGACUGUCAUCCCUGAAGAAAUCCCUACUGAAAACAGUAAAACAAUAUGAGUUGAAAUAAAGUAAUAAACGGUGUCUUCGUAAGAUAUAUAUAGCAAGAAAUAGGUUUCAGUUGGGAAUAGAUCUGGAUCAAAUAAUCUGAAAAGAAGAUUUUACCAUAUUGCAUUCCACUUUGUAGAUUUAUUUAGACUUGAUCUUUUCCGCUC